CUUCUUUUUCUCAUUCAUCAAAAAAACACUUUCAUAUUUUAUCUCUCUCUCUCUCUCCUAAGUUUUUUUCUUCUCAAAACCACCGAAGAUGUCUUCGUCUCCGACGACGUCGUAUUGGUGUUACAGAUGCUCUCGCUCUGUCCGUAUGUGGGUACAUGACAACAACAUAACCUGUCCACACUGUCACGGUGGAUUCGUCGAGGAAAUCGACACCGUUCCUUCCCCUCCUCCUCAAUCGGAAAGUCUCCACCGUCGAUUUCCUCCCUCCGCCAUGUACUUAUUCGGAUCCACCGCACAGGACCCGAAUCCGACCCGACGAUCUCGUCGCAACCCGGGUAACCGCUCACCCUUCAACCCUGUCAUCGUCUUGCGUGGCGGAGUUGCUUCGACUUCCGAUUCAGAACCCGCCGCCGCCGACGCCGACGCAAUCGGAGUAGAGAGGAUCGAUAACGCUAACGGUUUUGACAGGUUACUGGACCAGUUGACCCAGAUCGAAGUAACCGGGUUCGGGCGACCCGAGAACCCGCCGGCGUCAAAAGCAGCGAUAGAGUCUCUCCCCACCAUAGAAAUCGUCGAGACCCACGUCUCGGCCGAGUCGCACUGCGCGGUCUGCAAGGAACAGUUCGAACUCGGAUCCGAGGCUCGCGAAAUGCCUUGCAAGCACAUAUACCACUCCGAUUGUAUCCUCCCAUGGCUCUCUCUCCGAAACUCUUGCCCGGUUUGCCGGCACGAGUUGCCGAGCGAGCGAGAGCGAAGCCGAAACGAGAGCGAGGCCGAGAUUGCGGUCGAGGCGGAGGAGACGGUGGGAUUGACGAUUUGGAGGUUGCCGGGAGGUGGGUUUGCGGUGGGGAGGUUCGCCGGAGGAGGAAGAAGAGCCGGAGAUAGAGAAUUACCGGUUGUGUACACGGAAAUGGAUGGCGGGUUUGGCGGGUCGGGUUCCGGGGCUCCGAGAAGGGUUUCUAGAGUCAGACGGAGUAGCGGUAGUAUUAGUAGAAUUGGUGGAGGAGAGAGUGGUGGGUUUCGGAGGGUUUUUCGUAAUUUGCUCUCGUUCUUGAGGUUAAGAAGGUCUAGUUCUAGUUCUAGUUCGAAUUUCAGUUAUUCUUAUUCUUCAUCGUCUUCGCAAUCUGGGUCUGAAUCUGGGUCUAUGAGAACAAGUCAGAAUCAUUCUGGUUCGGUGUUUAGUAGGUACGUGCGAAGGCGGAGCAGAGCUUGGGCUGUGGAGGAUCAAAGUGAAAAUGGGAGGUAUUGAAUGUUGUCAUUUUUGGUUUAAAAUGACAAAAUUUUUGGUUAAAAAAGAAAAAUCUUUUGGGUUUAUAAUGAUGGCCAAGAAUACAUGUAGCUGACCUGAUUGACCAUUCUGAGCUUUUGUUUAUGGUUGGUUUAAUUGGGGAAGUAUAUGAGGAAGAAAGGCAUGGGUGGAUUUAGCUGUAAAUAUAGCAUUUUGAUUUGGGUCUUUCCUAUCUAGAACUGUCAAGUCUAAGGUAAAAAGAAAAAAAGCUUUGUUUUUGGGAAGUUUGGCAUGAAAUUGGGAAUGAGUACAGAAUUGGGCCAGUUUCUUGUUUGUAAGGCAGGCUUCUUUUGUUGUAGUACUGAAGAGGAAGUCAAGUUUUGCUGGUCCUGAAGAUAUUGGAUGGUAUAUUUCGAGCUGGAGAGAGUAUUUUUGGAUACUCAGAAGGAUGUUUUUUUUUGGUUUUUGGAAGUACGGAGAUGAAGAAUUCUUUAUUUCUUUUGUUCUAUUUGUUGUAAACUCUAGCUUCAGUUAUAUAUGUCAAAUUAUUUUCCUUGGCGAA